AUUCAGUUCUGACUUCAGUCUUUAUUGUUAUUUGUUUGUGUCAAAUAUUUCUGUUAUUCGUAUAUUAUAAUUUUUUUGCUGUGUUGUGAAUUUGAAUCGUGUAUUGUUGUGUUCAGUUUAAAAUCCUUUGUUUUUCAAUUAUUUGAGAAACUACAUUAUAAUAAUUCAAAAUGAUGGACGAAGAUGUUGAACAACGGAUCAGGGAUAUUCAAAAAGAUUACCUCAGUUUUUUAGACGAUGAAGAAGAUCAAAAUGUUUACCAUAAAAAAGUAAAAACCAUGAUAGAUGAGAAAUGCCAAAGAUUAUUAAUCGACAUUAAUGACUUGCGUAAAAAAAAUCCAACCAGAACUCAAGCUUUGUUAACAAAUACAUUUGAAGAGCAAUUUGCUCUGGAACGUGCACUUAAGGAAUAUGUUGCCAAUAUUGAUUCUACUUUUGCAAAUCAAUUUGAUGAAUUCUUUGUUGCGUUUGAAGGUAGUUUUGGAAGUCGGCAUGUUACACCUAGAACAAUGAGUAGCAAGUUUUUAGGCAACUUGGUAUGUUUAGAAGGCAUUGUUACUAAGUGUUCUUUAGUACGACCAAAAAUUGUAAGGAGUGUUCAUUUUUGCCCAGUUACAAAAAAAACGAUUGAACGUCGAUAUACAGAUAUGACAUCUACUUCAGCGUUUCCUUCAAGUGCAGUAUACCCUACAAAAGAUGAGGAUGGCAAUCCUUUGGAAACUGAAUAUGGACUUUCAGUAUACAAAGAUCAUCAAACUGUAACUAUUCAAGAGAUGCCAGAAAAAGCGCCUGCUGGGCAGCUGCCUCGUUACGUUGAUAUUAUUUGUGACAAUGAUUUAGUUGAUUGUUGUAAACCAGGUGAUCGUGUACAAGUUGUCGGAAGCUACCGUUGUUUACCUGCCAAGCAAGGAAGUUACACAUCUGGUAAUUUUAGAACUAUUCUUAUUGCUAAUAAUGUAUCACAAUUGAGCAAAGACUCGACGUAUUCAAUUAGCAGAGAAGAUGUGUUUAACUGCAGAAAAUUAUCAAGAAAAAAGGGUGAUAUAUUCAACUUAUUGGCUCGAUCAUUAGCUCCGUCGAUCCAUGGCAAUAACUUUAUAAAAAAAGCUAUUUUAUGUCUUCUCUUAGGAGGAAUAGAAAAAGUUUUGCCUAAUGGUACACGGUUACGUGGUGACAUCAAUCUUUUACUUAUCGGUGACCCGAGUGUUGCUAAAUCGCAAUUACUUAGGUAUGUUUUAUGUGCUGCUCCCAGAGCUGUAGCUACUACAGGAAGAGGAAGCUCAGGUGUAGGAUUGACAGCUGCUGUGACUACAGAUCAAGAGACUGGAGAUAGAAGAUUGGAGGCAGGAGCUAUGGUUCUAGCUGAUCGUGGAGUAGUGUGCAUUGAUGAAUUUGAUAAAAUGUCCGACAUGGAUCGUACAGCUAUACAUGAAGUGAUGGAACAAGGUAGAGUUUCUAUUUCAAAGGCCGGUAUACAUGCUAGGUUAAAUGCUAGAUGUUCGGUUUUAGCUGCUGCUAAUCCUGUUUAUGGGCGUUACGAUCAAUAUAAAACACCAAUGGAAAAUAUCGGUCUUCAGGAUUCUUUGUUAUCUCGAUUUGAUUUGUUGUUUGUUAUGUUGGAUUCACCAGACAGUGAAAAUGACCGUUUGAUUUCUGAGCACGUUGUACGUAUACAUAGGUACAGGGAUCCGAAAGAGCAAGACGGCGAGGCCUUGCCAAUGGGUUCAGGUGUUGAUAUUUUGAGUACUAGAAAUUUAGAAAUUGAUGAAAAUGACCCAUCGAAAACACGUAUGUUUGAAAAGUAUGAACCAUUGCUUCAUGGUCCUCGUAGUAAGUCUGAACAAACAUUAAGCAGUCAGUUUAUGCGAAAGUACAUACAUAUAGCAAAAUGUGUAAGACCUGUACUAACAGAAGAAGCUUCCGAUGUAAUAUCUGAAGAAUACUCGAGACUUCGAUCACAAGAAGCGGUUGAAUCCGAUGCAGCUAGAACUCAACCUGUUACAGUCAGAACACUAGAGACAUUAAUCCGUUUGGCUACAGCUCAUGCUAAAGCUCGACUUUCCAAGAAUGUUGAACAACAAGAUGCUCAAGCAGCCAUUGAACUAGUUCAAUUUGCGUAUUUCAAAAAAGUCCUGGAAAAACCUAAAAGGAAACGGCAACAUAGUGAUGAUGAGUCUGAUGCAGAACAAGAAGGAUCGCCUGAUAAACCUCCCAAGAGGAAACCUAGACAAAAUGGUGAAGAUCCUUAUGCAUUUGAAGAAGAGGUGGAAAAUGACCAAGAUGAAAUGGAAGUGGAAGCAACAGACACACAGGAUACCCCAAGUACUAGUGGUCCUCCACCUGUAGCACAAACGUCUAUUACUCCAGACAGAUAUAAAGUAUUUAAAACUACUUUGAGUAAUGUAUUCCAGAAACUUAGAGUUCAAUCUUUAAGUUUUACUCGAAUGCUGACUUGGAUAAAUGAAGAACAUGCAACAAGUACCUUUACUGAAAAUGAAGCCUAUGCUGCAAUUUAUAAAAUGAUGGAUGCUAAUUUUAUUAUGUUCUCUGAUGGAAUUAUAUUUUUGAUUUAGUAAAACAUUUUAACUGAAAACUAUGUUCUUAAAAUUAAUAAUAGCAAUAGUUUUUGUUUGUUUGUUUAUUUCUUACAAUAAUUAAACCAUCUUGUAUAGGUACAAAAAAUACAU